AUGAAGCUAACUCGGAAGAUGGUGCUGUCCCGGGCCAAAGCCUCGGAGCUGGACAGUGUGCGGAAGCUUAACUGCUGGGGUAGCCGCCUCACAGAUAUCUCCAUAUGCCGAGAGAUGCCCAGCCUGGAAGUGAUCACCCUGAGUGUCAAUGGCGUCUCAACCCUGGAGCCCAUGCGUCAGUGUCAGCAGCUGAGUGAGCUCUACCUGAGAAAGAACUGCAUCCCCAGCCUGGCCGAGCUCUUCUACCUGAAGGACCUGCCUCGCCUGCGGGUGCUGUGGCUGGCCGAGAACCCCUGCUGCGGCCCCGACCCCCACCUCUACCGCAUGACCGUCCUGCGAAACCUGCCCGGCCUGCAGAAGCUGGACAACCAGGCUGUGACCGAGGAGGAGCUAUCCCGAGCACUGGUAGAGGGGGACGAGAUCACCACUGCCCCAGCCAGAGAAGACACAGAGAGCAGGCAGCCGGGGGUGCCCUUCACCCUAAGCUCUGUGGAUCCUUCAGCCGAGACAGAGCGGGACUCGCUGGGCUUCAGUGCUGAAACGAGCAGCAUCCAGGAACCACUGGGCAUGAGGCUUCCUUCCCGAGACCAGCCCUCCUUCCCCCGAGAGGCUCCCAGCAGCCUCAGGAGCAGGAACAAUGUGCUGACUGCCAUCCUCCUGCUGCUGAGAGAGCUGGAUGCCGAGGGGCUGGAGGUCAUCCAUCAGACUGUGAGCAGCCAGCUGCAGGCCCUACACAGGCGGGAGUUGCAAGAGGACACGGAGUGA